AUGCCUACUUCAGAUAUAAUUGAAGUUGGGUCGGACCGUGAUUCACCAGAACCUAUCGACCCUGAAGCCUUUCUCUCCACCGAAUCUUCACCAUGCUGUGAUCCAAGUACUCCAGGAUAUCAGUUCCCCGCACCGAUUCUGGCCGCCAUCAAUUCCCAGCAUGACACCGUAGUGGACAAAACAGGAUACUCCGCUUUGGAGUCCCCUGGCCUUGUACUAUCCUUUAGGACACACUUUGUGACCGAGUUGUACCUCUGUGGCUCAUUGUCGAAUAUCUCCGUGUUUGCGACCGCUUUGGAUGCUGUUCGUAACGGGUUCUCGGUAACUCUUGUGGAGGAUUGCUUGGGAUUCCGCGAUUUUCAGCGGCAUCAAGAAGCAAUGCGACGCAUGGCGGAUAUUCUGGGAGCAACUGGUAUCACCGCUGCGGAGCUCAUUCAGGAGCUAGAUUGGGAUGAAACAGAGGCAAUUGCUCGUCAAGGCGCACCGCAACCCACAGGACCAGCAAGUACGGCUGACCUCGAAAGUGUCAUGGAUGGUCUAGAAUUCUGGAAUACAACCGACAACUCUCCCACAGAUAACUCGCGUGAUACAGAGGAUCUGAGCCUUUCGGAACUCGCUACUCUUUCUCGCACCCAGCGAGCUACUGCCGCACAGGUGCGGGGUCCAGUGGAAGAGCAAAAAAAGGUGCGAGCGCGCAUCCGUCGUCCCAAGCGCCGAGAUGUCCUAAAAGAAUCUUCACCCGGAUCUCGCGUCGACGCCGACGAGGGGCCAACACCUUUAGAAUCUGCGGAAUCUCGAAUCAACAUUGGGGAGGGUGACUCACGCCUCGUGACCAAUGUCAACCUGACCACAGAUUGCUUUGAGCGUAUACAAGCGGAGGUAGAUUGGCAGAAGAUGUACCACAUGUCGGGUCAAGUUCCCCGAUUGGUUGCGGUCCAAGGUCAAACUCAAUCCGAUGGAGCCAUACCUAUAUAUCGCCAUCCGGCAGACGAGUCUCCACCCUUCAAGCCAUUCACCCCCGCGGUUGAUGAAGUGCGUAUGGCUGUUGAGCAAAUACUGGGCCACUCCUUGAAUCAUGUACUUAUUCAACUUUAUCGCGAUGGCCAGGAUCGCAUAUCAGAGCACUCAGAUAAGACGCUGGAUAUUGCGCGAGGAUCUUUCAUUUGCAAUGUCAGUCUAGGCGCCGAGCGCGUGAUGGUCCUCCGUACCAAGACCUCGGCAUCCGAACCCGAAGGGGGCAUUGAACCACGCCGGACAACGCAGCGUGUGCCCCUUCCGCACAAUUCACUUUUUGUGCUCGGCCCAAAGACGAACAUGCGAUGGCUUCAUGGUAUCCGGGCGGAUAAACGACCUAAUGCAACCAAAUCCACCGAGGAGCAAGCCUACGGCGGCCAGCGCAUUUCACUUACUUUCCGUCUUAUCGGGACAUUCAUUGAUCCGGUGGCCAAUACAAUCUGGGGACAAGGCGCUGUCAGCAAGACAUUGGACCAGGCCCGCGCCGUGAUCCAUGGGGAUUCUGCUGAAACAGCACGCCUCAUUGGGGCUUUUGGCCAGGAAAAUCGUGCCACCGAAUUCGAUUGGGAUGCCGUGUAUGGUAGGGGCUUUGACGUGGUGAACUUUGUGACAACAUCAGCAGGCCAACUAUUACUUGGUUGUGAUCUUGUUGCCAAUUUGCGUGUGCGUCUUUGUCUGGCGGAAAACGGCAUCCGGUACAAAUUAAUCACCAGUCACGAGCAGGGGCCCACACAACUCGCGGGAUGCCCGAUAUACGAAACGCCUGAUGGAGAAACAGUCGCAGGUGACUCUGCUAUCUUAACUUACACGGCCAACCGAACUCCCGAGGCGUCACGGCCAGGUGGAGAUUCGUUGCGCGGGGGAAAUUUCUUGUCAGCGAUUGACGGCUUUCUGGCACGCUGGCGUCAACACCGUGCCACGAAUUCAGCCAGUGAAUUUGAUUACGGGAUUGAGGAUUGGGAACGUACUCUGCAGGGACAACAUUACCUAGGAGGUUCCGUUUUUAGCAUCGACGAUUGCUCUCUAUGGCCAGUUCUGCGGGAUAUUGUGCAGACACAGGGUGUAUUGGAUGCUCGGUUUACGAGUCUGAAUCAAUAUUAUCACCGAGUCCAGAAUCGAGGUAUCGUUCGAUCUGUCCUAGAGGAAUGA